UCUCUGAUGAAGCUGCAGAAAAAAAACUAAACUUCCUUUUCUGAAAAAUGUUCAGUUUGAACACAACAACAAACACACACAUGUUUGUUGUUGUGUUCAUGUUUCUGUCCCGCAAUCAGGUGAAAGUUUCUGACGUGACGGCGCGCGCACCUCCUCUGAGGCAGCAGCACCUGCACGUGCUCUGCUCCAGGAGGAGGGUGGGGGUGGGGGUGUCUACCCUAUACAAGCCGUCCCGCACCGGGACCCCCGCGGACUGCUGACCCGCCUGCAGCCACACACACAGGCCGCCGGGCUGCCGGGAGCGAUGUACCGCUCAUACCUGCAGCACCACGCCGGGGGAGAGGCGUCCUCCCCGGGGAGGCAGAGGGGGGAGAACGGCCUGGAGGACCUGGACGAGGAGGAGGAGGAGGAGGAAGAGGAAGAUCUGGAGGACGAGGUGGACGCUUCUCAGCUGGAGAAGUUCAUGAGAGACAGGAGGAGAGCCAAGUCCCUGCCCGCCUACCCUGCAGAGCUCCUGGACGGGGUCUCCGAGGGAGAGGGGAGGAAGCGCGUGAAGUUCGCCGACUCCAUGGGUCUGAACCUGGCCCACGUCAAACACUUCAGCACGCUAGAGGAGCCCCAGAUCCCGAGCAAGGUUCUGUCCAGGCACAAGAGCUUCCCUCCCCACCAGGACCUCCUGAGCGACCUGUGCCAGAGCUUCAAGACCAGCCUGGACACGGACCGACUGGUCUGCUGCUUCCCGGAUCCGCCGGACCCGGGUGAGAGAGUCCAGCAGCUCCGCGUGUGUCUGGAGAGGGUCACCAUCACCCAGUUCGACGUGCGGGGGCAGAUCCGGGUCUUCAGCGGCUGCCCCAUCAGAGAGGUCGGGGUGAGGUACACCUUCAACGACUGGCUCUCGCACGUGGACUCGCAGGCUCUGCCUGUAGUCCUUGACCAGCAGGACUGUGUGGGGGAGCGCUUCGGCUUCACGGUCUACACGCCCCCCUUCAUGGACCCCAGCUCGGCCGUGCACUUCGCAGUCUACCUGAGGAGCGAGGAGGGGGAGUUCUGGGACAACAACGAGGGGCUGAACUACACCCUCAAGUACCUCUGCAUGCCCAGCACCGCGCCGUUCGUCAGUGCAGCUUUCCACGCCACCUGACCGGCGCGUAAAACCUCUCCACCGUGCGUAAAACCUCUCCACCGUGCGUAAAACCUCUCCACCCCCCGUCUGAUGAAUGAAAUGCUCUGUGGCUGUUUUCAGUCCUCUGAAUAAAUGCUUUUUGGAACAGAACUUUUGAAUGUCAGUCAGAGGCUCCAGAGAAACCACAGAACCAGCUUGGUUCUCCUGGUCUGGGCCUCUGAGUGAUCCUGUUUACCUCUGAAUUUUUAACAGCCUCAUUAAAACCUGUUUGUGAAGGACACGGCUGAUAUUUGUGGAUAUGUCUGAACUUCCACUCGGAUGGAUGGACCUUGUUUCUCUUGGAGGAACAACAGACUGAUGAAAGGAGAAAGAGAUCCCGGUGAAGGAUAUUUGAUGAUAAGAGGUUGAAAGUGUUGCGUCAGUUUAACUGAAAUAUACGCAACAAUAGUGCAAACAUUCAAACAGUGAUUACAGUAAAUAAAGUGUUGAUCAAAUGAACUUGAACAUGUUGUAAAAGUCUGUAAAAAAAGAGUUUAAUUCUCUGCAUUUCUUUUGAUAAAGAUUUGAAGAAGUGUCGGGACAUGAAUGUGUCUAAGUUAGCUUUUCUUUUGUGGAAUUCAUGUCAAUAAAUGUUGCUUCAAAAUAGGAA